AGAGAGAGAGAGAAGGAAAGGGAGCCGCGUGAGGAGGAGGGAGUCUGUUACGCUUGGAUGGCCGGCGCAUUGAGAGGCUGGUCCGGGGAGACGCACAAGACAGGGCUUUUUCCCCCCAUCUUUGAGCCCUCCGGCCGCCAGCGUGCGCCCCGCUCCUGUCGGUCACGGUAGGAGGGAGAUCGACCUCGGCGCAUCGCAGUGAUAACGCCGACACUUCACUUUCACAGCCUGCGAGACUUCACGCCGUCAACUCGGCGACUCUGACGGAAAGGGCUUGGAGACACAGCAGUGCUACCGCACGGAGGAACAAUACUGCACUGGCGACACCUGUCUCGUGGUUACGGAUUAAUCAAAUUCCUGUGUGAAAUUAGCGCCAAGCAGAGCAGCAUCACAGAAGCGUGCCCGUCGGAUGCCAAACGUUUGUGACGGAUGUGAGGCUACCUUGACCCUUCCAACUGAAGAUGAUGCUGCAAUGGAAAGUGCUGGUGCUGCAGUCACUUGCGUGGUGCCUUGCAGUGAGCACCGUCCUACAGAGUCCUGUCUUCACCAAGCAGCCCGGCAGCAUUGUGUACCCCGUAGAAUCCCUGGAGAAGAGCAGAGAGGUGGUGUUCAGCUGUGAAGCUCAGGCAAGCCCAUCUCCAGUCUAUCGAUGGAAACUUAAUGGCACAGAACUCAGUCCCAAAUCUGGAUCUCACUACAGUUUAUCUGGAGGCAACCUCAGAAUCAGUCAUCUGAGCAAAGAACAAGAUGCUGGAACAUAUCAGUGCCUUGCCUCCAACGCUUUCGGGACCAUUGUAAGCCGAGAGGCCAGUCUAACAUUUGCAUACUUGGAAAACUUCAAAACCCACAGAAGAAGCUCUGUUUCAGUGCGGGAAGGCCAAGGAGUGGUUCUGUUGUGCGGCCCUCCACCACAUUCUGGAGAUCUGGAAUUUUCCUGGAUUUUCAACGAGUACCCAACCUUUGUGAAGCAGGACACUCGUCGGUUUAUCUCGCAGGAGACGGGGAAUCUUUACAUCGCUAAAGUUGAGCCCUCGGACGUGGGUAACUACACCUGUGUUGUUACCCACCCUGUGACAAAGACUCGAGUCCAGGGCCCACCUACCCCACUCGUGCUUCGCACUGAUGGUGUGAUGGGUGAAUAUGAGCCAAAGAUUGAAGUUCAGUUUCCCGAGGUUGUUCAUGUUGCCAAAGGAUCCACUGUGAAGCUGGAAUGCUUUGCGCUCGGAAACCCUGUUCCUUCCAUAAACUGGAGAAAAGUGGACGCCGCACCUUUCCCUCGGAAGGUGGACGUGAGGAAAGCAAGUGGUGUUCUGGAAAUCCCAUACUUCCAACAGGAGGAUGCUGGCACAUAUGAGUGCGUUGCUGAAAAUUCCAGGGGUAUGAACACAGUGAAAGGAAAGCUGUCUUUCUACGCUCCUCCUCAUCUUAUUGAGAAACCUCAAGAUGUCCAGAAACUCAUCGACGACUCCUUGGUGUGGGAAUGUAAAGCCACAGGGAAGCCGAAACCCUCCUACAGAUGGAUGAAAAACGGAGAGAACCUGGAGCCUGCAGAGGAGCGAGUACAGGUGAGCAAUGGGGCACUGUCAAUCAGCCGCUUGACCCUGUCGGACACAGGGAUGUACCAGUGUGUCGCUGGGAAUAAGUAUGGUGAGGUCUACUCCAACGCAGAGCUCCGAGUAAUAGCUGUUGCUCCAGAUUUCUCCCAUAACCAGUUGAAAAGCCAAACAUUGGUCAAGGUUGGAGGAGAUGUGCUCAUCGACUGCAAACCCAAGAUGUCUCCAUGGGGUGUGAUCUCCUGGAGGAAGGGCAGCGAACCACUGGAGGAAAGUAAAAGGGUUUCCAUUCUGGAUAAUGGCAACCUUCGCAUAUGGAACAUAACCAAAUCAGAUGGCGGCCCAUACACGUGCAUGGCAAGGAACCAGUUUGGUGUGGCCACCAGCACGGGAAGCAUCACAGUUAAAGAACCCACUAUGAUCACCACUCUGCCAGCGACGCUAGACGUCACCGUGGGGGAGAGUGUGGUUCUACCUUGUCAAGUGAGCCACGAUGCCUCUCUGGAGCUCAAGGUUACCUGGUUCUUCAACGAGCAGCUCAUCCACUUUGGCAGCCACGGGGGAUUUUUUGAGAAAGUGGGCGGCCAGCAUUCAGCAGGAGACAUUAUGAUUCGAAACAUCCAGUUGAGGCAUGCUGGGAAAUACACGUGUGCCGUGCAAACAAAGGUGGACAGUAUCUCUGUCGCUGUUGACUUGGUUGUCAGAGGGCCCCCAGGCUCCCCUACCAGCAUCCAGGUAGAAGAAAUCACAGACACCACUGCGACUCUAUCCUGGAGGCCCGGUGCUGAUAAUCACAGUCCAAUUACCGCAUACACCAUCCAGGCCAGGACACCAUUUUCCCUCGGGUGGCAGGCUGUCUCCACAGUUCCCAAAAUGGUAGGGGGCCACCGUCUGACAGCUACAGUAAUAGAACUGAACCCUUGGGUGGACUAUGAGUUUCGAGUCCUGGCAAGCAACACUAUUGGGACUGGCGAGCCCAGCAAGCCAUCCAAACAAGCCAAGACCAAGGGGACGCCUCCAUUGGUCACACCAGCUAAUGUGAGCGGUGGCGGUGGGAGUCGGUCUGAAUUAGUCAUCACAUGGGAGCCCGUUCCAGAAGAGCUACAGAAUGGACCGGGGUUCGGCUAUGUUGUGGCUUUCCGACCCCACGGUGCCACAGGUUGGAUGCAGGCCGCCGUACCAUCCGCCGACACAUCCAGAUACGUCUUCAAAAAUGAAAGCAUCCAGCCCUUUUCACCUUUUCAUGUGAAGGUUGGAGUUUACAACAACGAGGGAGAAGGUCCAUUCGGAACGGUCACAACUAUCUACUCCGCAGAGGAAGAACCCGGACGAGCGCCCACGAGGGUACGUGCCAAGAGUCUCUCAGCGUCCGAGGUUGAAAUUUCAUGGAAAGCUCUUCCCUGGAAUGCCAAUAAGAAAAGAGUGCUGGGCUAUGAGCUGCGGUACUGGGUGAAGGGUGGAAAGGAAGACACAGCCAAUGUGCAAAGAACUGUGGGAAAUCAGACGUCAACUAUUAUUCACGGCGUGAAAGGCAGCACCACGUAUUACAUCUCAGUGAGGGCGUACAACACUGCAGGAGCCGGACCUCCCAGCGGCACAGUCAGCAUCACCACCAAAAAGCCACCACCGAGCCAGCCUCCCGGUAAAGUGAUGUGGAACGCGUCCAACUCCAAGAUCAUAUUAAACUGGGAGCAGGUCAAAGCCCUGGAGAACGAGUCAGAGGUCACUGGUUACAAAGUGCUGUACAAGAAGAACCAACACAGCCGCCCCAAUGUCAUGGAGACUAACACCACCUCAGUGGAGCUCACUCUGCCCACUGAUGAGGAUUACAUCAUCCAGAUAAAACCCUUUGGCGAAGGAGGGGAAGGCAGCAGUAGUCGGCAGAUCACCAUCCCGAGGAUACCAGGUCCCAACGCAGUCGGCUCAGCAUCCAAGGUCUCCACUCUUUCAGCCCUCAGUACAAUAGCACUGUCUUUCACAGCGCGGACAUCUUUAUGACAAACAGCUCUUGGAGACCGUCUUCAGCAGAUGACAAACACUCUGGUGUAACUACACCCAUUCAUUUCGAGUUACAAUAGAGGCAAAAGGAAUACACAGAUGGGAAAAAAAAGUCUGUGACGUCUGGGAAGGAGUCCCCUACAACACCUUGUGAGCGAGUUGGACAGACGUCACGACUGUGUUGUAACCAAAGCAGCUUUCAUAAGAAGAGAAAGAGAAAAUGUCUUGUGUGCUUCUUUUUGUAUGACAUGCCAAGCGUUACAGUUUUUAUUUGAAUAUUUUUUUCUUCCAAAAUUAAAUUUGAUGCCAGUCUCCGUGUACCGGGACGAACGCAUGUAAGUACGUACAUGACAGAUGACAUAUCUUUUCCAAAUGUUUAGGAAUGGAAUUUGACAUUUGUCUUAACAAAAUCACAGAUGUUAUAUCUCCAUGUUAUUGUCAAGACUAUAUCUACUAUAUCUGUUUUGCUCUCAAAAGCCUAUUUGGUCAACUUUUCCUGUCAAAGAAGAGGACUUGCAUCUGAAUCAUAUGUCCAUAAACAAAACAUGCUAAUGCUUUACCGAACCAGUGAAGCGUGGAUUCCAAUUACAAGUGCAAUGAAUUGUCGCAGGACGAUAUUCACAGUGGAUGCAAACUAAAUAAAAAGUGUCCUCACUGUGAUAAUAACGGUCAUGAAAGAAAUAAACGUACUUGAAAAUAACGCUUUUAUCGACAGUAAAAUUAGAACAAUUGUCACGUACAUUGUACACUGUGUACGCUACCAGUCAAAAGUUUGGAGACACUUUAUUGUGUUAUUGUAUGGGAAAGUGUCUCCAAACUUUUGACUGGUAGCGUACACAGUGUACAAUGUACGUGACAAUUGUUCUAAUUUUACUGUACAUACAGAAUCUGCCCUGGCUGAACUUUGAAAACACUUUUUUUCAAGGAAUCGCCUCAUAGCAGUUCUUCAGAAUUUUUUCAGGAUGUUUCCCUUAAUCUGCUGUGUACACCGUGUCGUGGUGGUGAACCAAUCACAAGGCAUAUAGACAACCAGUCACGAUCAGAUUCUCACCAUACCUGUAAACCAUCCUGUUUUUAGCUGGAAACUCCCGGAUUUGCCCUUCUUUUUUGUGGCCCUCCCAUUGAAAUAGUUUGCAGUAACUAAAAAAGAUCAUUAAAAAAAUGAAGAGAAUUUCCCUUAUUUUCAAAUGCAAAAGUUGACAGGUAGGAUUUCCACGCUGCUGCACAAAAGUUGGCCGUGUACACCUCAUCAAAAUUUUUAGACCAUUUGUAAAAUUGUAAGAAUUUACAUUUUGCACUAUUGGAUCUUAAGGGGGUUCUAAGUAGAGCUUCACAAAAUGAAAAGAAGAAAUGGGAGACAAACAAUUAUUUGAUUAAGCAUUUUAUUGCAAAAAGCCAUUAAACUGCAAUAGGUUGUUCAUCAGCUGAUCAAAAGUUCAAGACCAUAAGCUCAAAAAAGCUAAAGGCCCCCUAAAAUAGAAAUAAAAUGUCAAUUAAAUGCCAUUUGACGCCCCUGCACAACUUGAAAAUCCAUUCUUCCACUUAAGGAAAAAGCAGUCCAGGUCAUGAUGCCGCCCCCUCCACUGUGCCGUGUGGACAAAUCUCUGGUGGGAUCUCCUUGUCGUGCCAGUAACAUUGGAAGCCAUCAGGACUCGUCAAGGCUACAUUUGUUCUCAUCAGAGAAUAAAACUUUCUGUCCCAUGUUCCAAAUUGCAAACGGGCAAUUUUGUAGUGUUGAAGGACACGAGGCCUGUGAAGACGUUUUUUUGUCCUUAAAACCCUUCUCUCGCAGAUGCCGUUUGAUGGUUAUUGGACUGCACUCGGAACCCGUAACAAGCUUCAUUUGGGCCGAGGAUCUUUCCCUGUCUUGACGGACAGCCAAUCGGAUCUUCUGGCUCAGGGCCGGUGACAUUGUUUUGGGUUUACCACUUGACUUUUUUUGUUCCAUAGCCUUUGGGAUCUUUUAAGAAGUUUAAAAUGACUGAAUGAGAGAAAGCUUUUUUGCCUUUGCCACCAAGAGAUCAUGACAGUGUGAAUACCUGACAGAAAAUGACAUUGAAUUCAUGUUUUUGCCAAGAUUUUUUUGUCUUAAACAUUCGAUCAGCUGAUGAACAGCCCCUUUCACUCUCACGGUCAUUUGCAAUAAAUUGCUCACUCAAUUUUUUUUGGUCUCACUCCCAUUUCUUCUUUUUGUAUUUUAAAGCUCUACUUAGAACCUCCUUAAGAUCCAACGGUACAAAAUAAAAAAUUUUCAACUAGUCUUGAAAAUUUGAUAAGGAGCGUAUGCACAAGUGCACCGCCAGCGGCCUACUUUUUCAAAUAUGAACAUUGAGAUUUUUACAAAAAGGUCGGUUAGCAUGCGAUGAUUUUAGUGCCAGUCAUUUUUGGUGAUAGAGCAUCUCUUCGAGACAUCCUUCUGACUAAUUAAUAGAAGCGCUCCAUCUCUUGCGGGUCCCCGUCCUGUACUGGUGACUGAACCCACGUGGCUUUCCCAUGCUCCUCUUUCUUUUGGUUAGCCGUGUGUGAAUAGCUAUUCUUUGCCUUCUGUGUGCCUCAUCAUACGUUCAAAACCCUCAGGUCCUUCAAGAGCCUUAACUUAUCAUAAUGUAUACUGAGGACAGGAGAAGCAUAGAACUAUGAUGCAGCCACAGUGAUGUUUACAUGCUGCUGUGUUGAUACACGUCGGAUGUCGUCAGCUUUGGGAGGGGAAUGGGGGCGGGGUCUGCUCUGUGUGGCAAUAUAUGAGUUCUGGUGCAUUUUUUAUAGUUGUGUGAUUUAAGGAUGAUGAUUAAAGACAAUGCUGCUGAUCUUUCCUUUUCCCCUGCCAUAGUCUCUUGAUGCCCUAUGGAACGGCUGUGCAGAGGCGCUGUCCAGUCUGUGUGUAGCUCUAUGCUCUAGGGAAGUGCACUGUAGGCUACUGGGUCUUGCGCUGAAUCAUGCAUCAGUGAAUAUGUAAUAUACUGUUUUGUACACUUCAAAUCAUUUAUAUGAGAGAAACUUUCUAAAAAAGGUGACUUAUUUGGUUUGUAUGUAUAACUGUUUCAUACUAACUGUUGCUCAGCAUGACUGUGCUUAGUCGUCUUGCUUCAGGAACAUGCAACGUUCAUAUGGGUCAUGCCCGGGAUAGGUUUAUGUAUAUUGUAUGUGUACCAUGACAUGUGAACAAUCAUGCUUCUGUCUCCGUCAGCCUGCCUGACGUGUCCUGUCAGCUCAACGCGAGGGAUUCCUCUGUUGCUUUGUUGUUUAUAUUGUGUUAAUAAAGGAUAUUGAUUUAUAUAACAACACCAGGCCCUGCUGGUCU